CGCCCCCCGGAUUAUAAAGUCGGGGAAGUUCCCCCCGCCCCGGCUCGGAGGAGCCAUGAACCCGCUCCGGAGCUGGGCGCUGCUCUGCUUCGUGCUGCUCUCCCUGCCCGGACCCCCGGGAGCCGGCGCCCAAGAUGAUGUCUCCCCAUACUUUAAGACGGAGCCGGUGCGGAGCCAGGUCCAUCUGGAGGGGAACCGCCUGGUCCUGACGUGCAUGGCUGAGGGCAGCUGGCCCCUGGAGUUCAAGUGGCUGCACAACAGCCAGGAGCUGACCAAGUUCUCCUUGGAGUACCGGUACGUGAUCACCUCACUGGACCGCACUCAUGCCGGCUUCUACCGCUGCAUCGUCCGCAACCGGAUGGGAGCCCUGCUGCAGCGCCAGACCGAGGUGCAGGUGGCAUACAUGGGCAGCUUCGAGGACCGUGAGACGCAGCAGAGCGUGUCCCAUGGGGAGGCAGCCGUCAUCCGUGCGCCCCACAUCGACAGCUUCCCCCAGCCCCAGGUCACCUGGUUCCGCGACGGCCGCAAGAUCUCCCCCAGCAGCCGCAUAGCCAUCACACUGGACAACACCCUGGUCAUCCUGUCCACGGUGGCCCCGGAUGCAGGACGUUACUAUGUGCAGGCAGUGAACGACAAGAAUGGGGACAACAAGACGAGCCAGCCCAUCACACUGAGCGUGGACAAUGUGGGUGGCCCAGCUGAUCCCAUCGCACCCACCAUCAUUGUCCCCCCCAGGAACACCAGUGUGGUGGCCGGCACCUCGGAGGUGACCAUGGAGUGCGUGGCCAAUGCCAGGCCGCUGAUGAAGCUGCACAUCCUCUGGAAGAAGGACGGGGUGCCCGUGUCCAGUGGCAUCAGUGACUACAGCCGCCGGCUCACCAUCCUCAGCCCCACACUGAGCGACAGUGGUUACUAUGAGUGUGAGGCUGUGCUGCGCAGCAGCAGCGUGCCUGCCGUGGCCCAGGGAGCCUUCCUGUCCGUCAUGGAGCCGCCGCAGUUCAUCAGGGAGCCUGAGAGGCACAUCACAGCUGAGAUGGAGAAGGUGGUGGCCAUUCCUUGCCAAGCCAAAGGUGUGCCCCCCCCGGAGAUGGCCUGGUACAAGGAUGCUGCCCUCAUCCACCCGGAGCAGCUGUCCCGCUUCCAGCUGCGGGCGGACGGCAGCCUGCAGAUCAGUGGGCUGCUCCCCGACGACACCGGCAUGUUCCAGUGCUUCGCCCGCAACGCGGCCGGCGAGGUGCAGACCACCACGUACCUGGCUGUGACCAGCAUCGCCCCCAACAUCACCAGGGGUCCCCAGGACAGCACAGUGAUUGACGGCAUGUCCGUGGUCCUCAACUGCGAGACCUCCGGCGCUCCACGUCCGGCUAUCACAUGGCAGAAAGGGGAGCGGGUCCUGGCCAGCGGCUCGGUGCAGCUGCCGCGCUUCACGCUGCUGGAGUCGGGCAGCCUGCUGGUGAGCCCUGCACACCUCGCCGAUGCCGGCACCUACGUCUGCCUGGCCACCAACUCCCGCGGCGCGGACGAGGCCUCGGCUGACCUGGUGGUGUGGGCAAGGACUCGUAUCACUGACCCACCGCAGAACCAGAGCGUCAUCAAGGGCACCAAGGCUGUCAUGAGCUGUGGGGUCACCCACGACCCCAGCGUGGAUGUGAGGUACCUGUGGGAGAAGGACGGGGCACCGCUGAGCACCGAGAGCGGCCCCAGGGUGCGCCUGGAUGAGAUGGGCACACUCCACAUCUCCCAGACCUGGUCUGGUGACAUCGGCACUUACACGUGCAAGGUGGUGUCAGCCGGUGGCAACGACUCACGCAGCGCCCACCUCCGUGUCCGGCAGCUCCCCCACGCUCCCGAGAGCCCCGUGGCCAUGCUCAGCCCCAUGGAGAAACGAGCCAUCAACCUCACCUGGGCCAAACCCUUCGAUGGCAACAGCCCCUUGCUCCGCUACAUCGUGGAGGUCUCUGAGAACAAUGCCCCCUGGACCAUGCUGCUGGCCAGCGUGGACCCCGAGGUGACCUCAGUGGCCGUGCGGGGCUUGGUUCCUGCUCGCUCCUAUCAGUUCCGCCUCUGUGCUGUGAAUGAUGUGGGCAGGGGCCAGUUCAGCAAGGACACAGAGAGGGUGUCCCUGCCCGAGGAGCCCCCCUCUGCACCCCCCCAGAAUGUCAUUGCCAGCGGCCGCACCAACCAGUCCAUCAUGAUCCAGUGGCAGCCACCCCCCGAGAGCCACCAGAACGGUGUCCUCAAGGGCUACAUCAUCCGGUACUGCCUGGCCGGGCUGCCUGUGGGCUACCAGUUCAAGAACAUCACCAACGCCGAGGUCAACAACCUGCUCCUGGAGGACCUCAUCAUCUGGACCAACUACGAGAUCGAGGUGGCUGCGUACAACAGCGCCGGCCUGGGGGUCUACAGCAUGAAGGUGACCGAGUGGACGCUGCAGGGAGUGCCCACGGUGCCCCCCGGGAACGUGCAGACAGAGGCCACCAAUUCCACCACCAUCCGCUUCACCUGGAACCCCCCCAGCCCCCAGUUCAUCAACGGCAUCAACCAGGGGUACAAGCUCAUUGCCUGGGAGCCAGAGCAUGAGGAGGAGGCGACGGUGGUGACCGUGCGGCCCAACUUCCAGGACAGCAUCCAUGUGGGAUACGUGUCGGGGCUAAGGAAGUUUGCCGAGUACUUCACCUCGGUGCUGUGCUUCACCACGCCAGGGGACGGCCCGCGCAGCCCCCCCCAGCUGGUGCGCACCCACGAGGACGUGCCCGGCCCUGUGGGACACCUCAGCUUCAGUGACAUCCUGGACACGUCCCUGAAGGUCAGCUGGCAGGAGCCGCUGGAGAAGAACGGCAUCCUGACAGGCUACCGGAUCUCCUGGGAGGAAUACAACCGCACCAACACACGGGUGACCCAUUACCUGCCCAACGUCACCCUGGAGUACCGCGUCACCGGCCUCACCGCCCUCACCACCUACACCAUCGAGGUGGCUGCCAUGACCUCCAAGGGCCAGGGCCAGCUCUCCUCCUCCACCAUCUCCUCAGGGGUUCCUCCAGAGCUCCCCGGUGCCCCCACCAACCUGGGCAUCUCCAACAUCGGCCCCCGCUCCGUCACCCUCCAGUUUCGCCCAGGCUACGAUGGCAAAACCUCCAUCUCCCGCUGGCAGGUGGAGGCACAGGCAGGCCAGAGUGGUGAGGCUGAAGAGUGGGGGCUCGUCCACCAGUUGGCAAAUGAGCCUGAUGCCCGCUCCAUGGAGGUGCCCAACCUGAAGCCCUACACCUAUUACAGUUUCCGCAUGCGGCAGGUGAACAUCGUGGGCACCAGCCCCCCCAGCCUGCCCUCCCGAAGGAUCCAGACCCUGCAGGCCCCCCCAGACAUGGCACCCACCAACAUCACCCUGAGGACAGCCAGUGAGACCAGCCUGUGGCUGCGCUGGAUGCCCCUCCUGGAGCAGGAGUACAAUGGGAAUCCCGACUCAGUGGGCUACAGGAUCCGGUACACGCGCUCGGAUGGGCGAGGGCAGCCGGCACUGCACAUCAUCCAUGACCGUGUGGAGCGGGAAUACACCAUCGAGGACCUGGAGGAGUGGACCGAGUACCGGGUACAGGUCCAAGCCUUCAACGCCAUCGGAUCGGGGCCAUGGAGCCGUGCGGUGGUGGGACGGACACGGGAGUCAGUGCCCUCCUCUGGCCCCAGCAACGUGUCAGUGGUGGCCACCUCCUCCAGUAGCCUGCUGGUCCGAUGGAGCGACAUCCCCGAGGCAGACUGCAAUGGCCACAUCCUUGGCUACAAGGUGAUGUACAAGGAGAAGGACUCGGACACCCAUGCCCGGUUCUGGCUGGCAGAGGGCAAUGCCUCCCGCAGUGCCCAGCUGACCGGGCUGGGCAAGUACCGGCUCUAUGAGAUCCGUGUGUUGGCCUUCACCAGGAUCGGUGAUGGGGCGCCCAGCCAGCCCCCCGUCCUCGAGCGCACGCUGGAUGAUGUGCCAGGGCCCCCUGUGGGGAUCCUGUUCCCUGAGGUGAGGACCACCCUGGUGCGGCUCAUCUGGCAGCCCCCUGCGGAGCCCAAUGGCAUCAUCCUGGCGUACCAGGUGUCCCAUAGCCUCAACAGCACCACUGCCACUGCUGCGGCCGUGGAGGUGCUGGAGCCCAGCACCCGGCAGUACACGGCCACCGGCCUCCAGCCCGAGGCCACAUACGUGUUCCGCAUCGCGGCACAGACCCGCAAGGGCUGGGGUGAGGCGGCCGAAGCCCUCGUGGUGACCACGGAGAAGAGAGCCCGUCCGCAGCCCCCCGGGAAGCCGCUGGUGCAGCAGGAGCAGGUCCGUGCCCGCAGUGUGCUGCUGUCCUGGCAGCCAGGCAGUGAUGGGCUCUCCCCCGUCCGGUUCUACACGGUGCAGAGCCGAGAGCUGCCUGACGGUGACUGGGCUCUGCACCCGGCCCCUGUGAGCCGCAAUGCCACUGCCUUCGUGGUGGAUAGGCUGAAGCCCUUCACCUCCUACAAGUUCCGUGUGAAGGCAACAAAUGACAUUGGGGACAGCGAGUACAGUGAGGAGUCAGAGUCACUCACCACUCUGCAGGCAGCCCCUGAGGAAGCCCCCACCAUCCUGUCCGUCACCCCGCACACCACCACAUCCGUGCUCAUCCGCUGGCAGCCCCCGGCCGAGGACAAGAUCAAUGGGAUCCUGCUGGGUUUCCGCCUGCGGUACCGGGAGCUGGUGCCCGACAGCCUGCGCGGCAUCGGCAGCCCUGGCACCACAUGGGCACAGCUCACCCCCGUCUACGCUGUGCACAACCUCAGCGAGGUGUCCCUCACCCAGUACGAGCUGGACAACCUGAGCAAGCACCGGCGCUAUGAGAUCCGCAUGAGCGUGUACAACGCGGUGGGCGAGGGCCCCCCCAGUGCCCCCCAGGAGGUGUUUGUGGGUGAAGCGGUGCCCACCGGUGCACCCCGGAACGUGGCUGUGCAGGCAGCCACAGCCACGCAGCUGGAUGUGACCUGGGAACCACCACCCGUGGAGAGCCAGAAUGGGGACAUCCAAGGGUACAAGAUCCACUUCUGGGAAGCUCAGCACCGGAACCGAAGCGAGCGGGUGAGGACUCUGUUCCUGCCGGAGCGUGGGGUGAAGCUCAAGAACCUCACGGGCUUCACCUCAUACUGGGUCAGCGUCGCUGCCUUCAACGCCGCCGGGGACGGGCCCCGCAGUGCUCCGGUGCAGGGGCGCACACAGCAGGCAGCCCCCAGCGCCCCAGGAUCCAUCCGGUUCAGUGAGCUGACCACCACAUCAGUGAACGUGUCCUGGGAGCCACCGCCGCUGCCCAACGGCAUCCUCGAGGGCUACCGGCUGGUCUAUGAGCCCUGCAUGCCCGUGGAUGGCAUCAGUAAGAUCGUGACGGUGGAUGUGAAGGGGAGCAGCCCGCUGUGGAUGAAGGUGAAGGACCUGGCCGAGGGCGUCACGUACCAGUUCCGAAUCCGGGCUAAAACCUUUGCCUAUGGGCCAGAUGUUGAGGCAAACAUCACGACGGGGCCUGGGGAAGGUGCCCCUGGUCCCCCUGGCGAGCCCUUCAUCUCCCGCUAUGGCUCAGCUAUCACCAUCCACUGGUCCAGUGGGGACCCUGGCCAAGGGCCCAUCACCAGAUACGUCAUUGAAGCCCGUCCUUCAGACGAGGGGCUCUGGGACAUCCUCAUCAAAGACAUCCCCAAGGAAGUGACCUCCUACACCUUCAGCAUGGACAUCCUCAAGCAGGGGGUCAGCUACGACUUCCGUGUCAUUGCUGUGAACGACUACGGCUACGGGACCCCCAGCACGCCCUCCCCCUCCGUGUCAGCCCAGAAAGCCAACCCGUUCUAUGAGGAGUGGUGGUUCCUGGUGGUCAUCGCCCUCAUCGGGCUCAUCUUCAUCCUCCUGCUUGUCUUCGUGCUCAUCAUCCGCGGGCAGAGCAAGAAGUACUCCAAGAAGUCAGACUCAGGGAACAGCUCCAAGGCGACGGCCCUGAACCAUGGUGAGAUGGUGAGCCUGGAUGAGGGCAGCUUCCCAGCCCUGGAGCUCAACAACCGGCGCCUCUCCAUCAAGAACUCCUUCUGCCGCAAGAACGGCAUCUACACCCGGUCCCCACCACGGCCCAGCCCCGGCAGCCUUCACUACUCCGAUGAGGAUGUGACCAAGUACAAUGACCUGAUCCCUGCUGAGAGCAGCAGCCUGACCGAGAAACCCUCUGAGGUCUCCGACUCUCAGGGCAGUGACAGUGAGUACGAGGUGGACCCCGGGCACCAGAAAGCUCACUCCUUUGUGAACCACUACAUCAGUGACCCCACGUACUACAACUCGUGGCGGCGGCAGCAGAAGGGCAUCUCCCGGGCACAGGCCUAUGGCUACACCGAGAGCGACUGCGGCGACCCCGACCCCAGCGCCCUGCCCAACAGCCCCUCCACGCAGCAGGGCAGCCUCUUCCGGCCCAAAGCCAGCAGGACUCCCACCCCCCAGGCCCCCGGCAACCCCCCCAGCCAGCCCGGGACCCUGUACCGCCCGCCCAGCAGCCUGGCCCCCGGCUCCAGAGCUCCUAUCGCCGGCUUCUCUUCCUUCGUUUGAUGGUUAAACAGAAGCAGAACAUGGGAGAGAGGAAAAUAUAUCUGAAAACAGGGGAAAAUAAAGGAAAAGCUCAAGAAAUUAAGGAAUAAAGCAGCGAGGAAGAGGAGGAGGAAGAGGCCGAAGGGCCCCAGGGCUCGGUGCCAUGGGGGGUGUUUGCUUCCCUGCGGAACCCAGCUCUUCGUCUGUGUUAUGGUUUGCUCAGCUGAGGAGGGUUGGGAAUGUUCACCAUGCCGGAAGGAUUGCACCGGACUUCGCCCUCGGGACCUGCAGUGCUGGGGUCCCUAUGGGGUGCUGGGGAUCUUACUGUGCCAAACCCCGGCCCCUCUGCUUGUGGUCCCCCCAGGACAUGGGGACAAGCAGUGGUGACACAGAGACCCCAACGCAAAGCCUCUGGAUGUGGAACCCCAACCCGGGAUCCCCCAGCCUUGGGCACCCACAUGCAAGGAACCCAGGGGACAACUGAUUCCUCCUUGCUUUGGUGCCCAGGACUUGACCCCCAGGAGCACCCUGCUGGGGUGCACAUGGUGCUGAUGACCCCCCCUGAUUUUGCACCCGGGAUGAGGCUCAGAUGGGGCGAUGCAGCAGCCAGACCCCCCCUCCUCUGCAUUGCUGGUGGCUUGGGGCCUCUUUUAAUGGGGUCUUGUUCGAGGGAGCACAAGGGACAUGCGAUGGGUGGUGAUGCCCAGGGGCGUCCGGGGCUGUUUUGGUGCUCUCUGCAUAGCAAACCCCCUCAGUGCCUACUGCUGAGCCAGGCUGAGCCGAGGGAGAUGCCAAUAAACAGC